UGUUAGUUAGCUAGAAACACAACACAGUACAGCAGAGGCUGAUGAGACUGUGAUUCAUUUUGUAGGUAUCAAAAUUGAAAAAAUACAAGUACAAAAGUACAAUCAAUCCAAUAGUUGCUCGUGUAUUUCAGCCUGCUAUACAUGCUGAUUCCUUGGCUAAAAAUGAAAAAAUAUUAGAAGAAAUUCUGAAGAAAACAGAGACAGAAAAGUCAAGUGAGACCUAAAGUGACUUAACUUGACUACUCGACCACAAUAUACUAGUGGACCGACUGGAAAAAUGUGUGGGACUCUCUGAUAGAGCACUGAAUUGGUUAAAAUCCUACUUAAAUGACUCAAGUCCAAACAAGAACCAAGAAAGUAGAUCACAUCACUCCGGUUCUUAGAUCUUUACACUGGCUUCCUGUCUGUCAAAGAAUAGAUUUCAAAAUCCUGCUGCUGGUUUACAAAACACUGAAUGGUUUCUGGGCCAAAAUACAUUUCUGAUCUGCUGCCACAUUAUGAACCAUCAAGACCUCCGAGGUCCUCAGGUACAGGUCAGCUUUCAGUCCCCAGAGUCAGAACUAAACAUGGAGACGCAGCUUUUAGUUAUUCCGAGCCACAUACCUGGAACAAACUCCCAGAAAACUGCAGGUCCGCUCCAACUCUCACCUCUUUUAAAUCAAGGAUGAAGAUCCUUCUGUUUGCCACUGCUUUUUACUGAAGCAAUUUCAAGGCUCUGAACUACACUGUGGCUUCCUUUGUCUUGUCUCUUAUAAACCUAUUCUAUUGUAGCUUACUUUCCCUAUUUCUUAAUGUGUUUCAAUAUUUUGUCUGAUGUCUUACUUGUGUUUUUAAUGUAAAAAUGCACUUUUAUACAUUUAUGCACUAAAGCACUUUCAGAUGCCUUUUGUCUGAAACGUGCUGUACAAAUACACUUGCCUUAACUUCUUAGAAUUUCUUAUUUGGCACACUUGACAGUGUAAAAAAGAUGAACAAGUAUCUGUUCCUAGAUUAGAACUGUUAGACUAUUAAAAAAAACCCAACACACUUGGUUUGUGCAUGUGCAGUGUUAUUGCCCUCUCUUAUCUCUUCAAUGUCAACAAGUGUCCUCAGUGAUGUAAUGUAAAUUUAAUCACAGUUUAAACUUCGUCCAGUGUUCCAGCUGACAAAAACACCUUAACUUUCUCGGGCAGGGGAAAACUUCUGGCUCACUGCUGCUUGAUUCUUUUUACAGCUCUGUUCUCAAGAGAAAAACACGAAAACGGAAAAUGGGCCAAUCGUUGUCUCCAGAGGAGCGACUAGCAGAACUUGACAAAUACUCUGAGGCAAUGUUUGAUUCACAACAAUGGCACGGCAUUGGAAUUGACAGCUCCAUCUUAAAAUACUCCGGACUCAACUCAACCCAAGUGUUGGAUGAUUACAGAGAUCAAGUCUUAUACAGUGGAGAUUUCAGUGAUGCCGCGGCCGUUGUAGAGAAGCUGGGCUCUGCACUGGGUGGGCUCAAAAUGGUGCCUAAUGCCGUGGGACUUGGGGCUAUCAUCAUUUCCAUAAUCUUGGAGACAGUUGGGAAGACAUUAGGGAAAGAAAGUAUGGGCACAGCUGAAAUGUUGCAAAGGGUGUUUGCACAGGAGAAGGCCAAUGAGGUCCGGGACCUGAUGGAUGAAUAUCUAAAACGUAUGCGGAUCAACUUGGGGAAACCACAGCUUCAACUAGCUGAGACCAGGCAAAUUGAGACCGAUCUCAGCGUCCAGCUUACACGGCUGAAGAAUUCCAUGCUGAGGGAUGGACAUAUGAACUCUCGGUUUCUCAAGCAGUGGGUGAACGGCGCUGCCUUCCACACCCAGAUGUUGAUCCAUCAGGCGCGUCUAGAGGGGGCUGGAGGCUCCAGAGCCAUGCAGGCAGCGGGGAUUUAUCAGCAACAGUUAAACCUUCUUCUGGAGAAAUACAAAAACUACCUAACGACUGUUAUUUUUGUGUCUUCAGACCAUGAUUACAUUCGUGUGUACUGUUGUCUGCGCUACACAGAGAACGUUGUUUUUUCCUCUCGUGUUCAAUGUUUCACUGCGCUGGAAAGCUACUGUUUCAGUGGAAGUGAAAUAGUUGAGACUAUGUUUUCUAAACAUCAGAUGACUUGGGCAAAGACUUAUUUCACAGACUUAAGAGCACAGAUUCCAACUCUUGUGACCCAAGAUGGCACCUUUCAUAUUCAAGCAUGACAUGUACCAUCUGCACUUGUGAAACCUUCAGAAAAGGUCAUGUGGUGAUCUACAAGAAAAUAUAAAAAAUGUGUUGUUUGUGAA